CAGCGCCUGCCAAUGCUGCUGCUGCUGCCGCCCGGGCGGAGGGCGCGCUAGGGCCGGGGCCGCGGCGGCUGCUGCUGCGGGCCGGGCUGAGCCCCCCCAGCCUGCGUGGGGGAUCCGCUCGGCCUGGGAGCCGGGGGGGGCCAUGGCCGGGGCUGCCGCCCGCUGAAUGUGCCCGGGAGAGGCGCCGCCGGGCAUGGGGAGCCGGGAGCGGGGCGGGCGCUGCUGCUGCUAGCGGGGAGCUCGGCUCCGGGCGACCCCCCCCACCCGCCUCUCCGCACAGCCGGGCGGCAUCCCAGCCUGGCCUGUGCUAUGUGCGUUCAAAGCGUCUUCUCCAAUAGCGUUUGCAAAUGAAAAUGGAGGAAAUGUCUUUGUCUGGCCUGGAUAACAGCAAGCUGGAGGCCAUCGCUCACGAGAUUUACACGGACCUGGUCGAAGAUGCCUGCCUAGGGCUCUGCUUCGAGGUGCAUCGGGCAGUCAAGUGCGGUUACUUCUUCCUGGAUGACACGGACCCUGACAGCAUGAAGGAUUUCGAAAUCGUGGACCAGCCCGGCGUGGAUAUCUUCGGCCAGGUCUACAAUCAGUGGAAACAAGAGUGCGGGUGUCCCAACUGCAGCCGCAGCAUCGCUGCCUCCCGCUUCGCCCCCCACCUGGAGAAGUGCCUUGGGAUGGGGCGGAACAGCAGCCGGAUAGCCAGCAGGAGGAUCGCUAGCAGCAACAACUGAAACAAAUCCGAGAGCGACCAAGAGGACAACGAUGACAUCAACGAUAACGACUGGUCCUAUGGCUCCGAGAAGAAAGCCAGGAAAGCGAAAUCCGAUAAGAACCCCAACUCGCCCCGGAGAUCAAAAAUCCCUUAAAAACACAAAAAUGGCUCGAGGCUCUGCCGUGCUCACUCCACUGUUCCUGACUCUUCUGCUCCCCUGCGUCCUGAGCCCUCCAUCCCUCUUCCCCAAACGCCCUCUUCCCGGGAGCUCAGCGGGAACUCGGAUCCCUUUAAGUACAACAACUCUUCUGGAAUCAACUACGAAACGCUGGGUCCCGAGGAGCUCCGCUCAUUGCUCACCACACAAUGCGGGGUGAUCUCCGAACACACCAAGAAGAUGUGCACCAGGUCUCUGCGCUGCCCCCAGCACACAGACGAGCAGCGGAGGUCAGUCAGGGUCUACCUCCUUGGACCCUCUGCCUCGCUCCCGGAAGCAGAGGGCAGCGUGGAAAAUGAGGGCUUUGACGUGUCGGAGAGCCAGGCCAUCAUGAGCCGGCUGCAGUGGGACGGCUCCUCGGACAUCUCGCCCUCCGACUCAGCCUCCUCGAAAGCAAGUACGAACAACUCGGAGUCGCGAAAACCCAAAAAGAAGAAGCCGCACCUGAGCCUGGUGGGGGGCACGCCGGGGCUCAGCUCCGGCAAGAAGAAGAAACCCAAACCGCCCGCGCCCCCCACCCCCAGCAUCUACGACGACAUCAACUGAGGGGCGGGGGCGGCCCCUGUGCCGGGCCUGUCCUGACUCUGGCGCCCGGGGGAGCCAGGCGGCGCCUCGUCCCCCCCACCCCGCUCCAUUGACUGCAAAGAGAGCGUGUCUCCGGGAAUCAGACUGCGUGGGGCACCUGUCUCCAGGAGGGGGUGCUGUGAAGCUGGAGGCCGUCACUGCCUGCGGGGAUUGGGGGGCCUGUCCUUUUCCCCCAUGUCUAUUUAUUCUGUGAUUUUUUUUUUUUUUUAUUUUAUUUUUUUUUGUACUGGAUGUCCAAUCAUGACUGUGUGGUGACGUCUGUCGCUUGGCAACACUAGAGAUGUGCGGGGGGACUGAGCUGAUUCCACCCUGGCCCCUUGAAGGGAGGCACUGGAGAGGAGGGGUGCGGGAACCGGGCCGUGCCAGCCCCGCAGCCACCCCGCCUGCUCUGACCGACGAGCUGGAAAGGAGGAGAUCUGAGGGGAGGAAAAGUCCCCAGGUGUGUCCUUUCAGAGCCACUUCCUCCAGGGAGCGGGGUUGCUGGCACAAGGGUCCAUGCCAGGGGCCCAGGCUUUAUGUGAUUUCUGGCCAGGCCUUGAUUUGGCAUUGCCGGGGUGGGGGGGCGUUCCUCCUUCCUUCUGCCCCCAGGUGGGGAGGGGGCUGGCUGUUGACAGGUCAGCGCCCCAGCCAGGCCAGCGCUCAGAGCGUGAUCUGAUGUCUCUGCUAUGGUGCCCUCUCCCCGCAGGGUGGUGGCCGUGUGCCAGCCUUGCUCUGUGGCUGGUGCUCGCUGGGUGGGCUGGCCCCAGAGUGGGCACCGGUCAGUGCACUGGGUGAGGACUGCAGGGUAUGGUCUGGCCCGCGGGUGUGGGAGGGCAGAGGCCCCCUCCCAUUCGGCGUGGAGGCUGGAUGGUAACACACAUUCCCGUGGGGUCCCCCUCAGCUGGGUGUACUUCCUGGCAUGGGGAAGUGCUUUCAGCUGCUUAGCUCCGUGGUGUUCUGGCGCUUGUUCUGCCAUCUCUGCUUGGAGGAGGGGGCGAGACUGUUGUACCAUGGGGGGGGGGAGGGUACCAUCGCGAUGCUUUGCCUUGCCUAGCAUUGCCCUGGGACUCCAGUCGUACCCAGUACUGGCUGGGUAAGUGCUGGGGCCCUCCUGCCGCUGCUACCGUGGAAAGCAGCCGCAGGGCCUGUGACAAAGCAUGUGCUCCGGCUCCAUCCACGGGACUCUUUGCCGGGCCCGUGUUCUCGCUUUCUACACAGCGUAGGUCUCUGAGCAGCGAGGCUGGCAUUGGAAGGAUUCACUGCUUUAAAAAAACCUGGGGGUGGGGGGGAAGCGUAUUAGCCCCCUCCCUCUUCCCUGCCUCCAUCUCCCUUGAGCUUUAGGAAGGGACACGCGAUUGCCCACUGAAUCACGUUGCUUGGGCUGCCCUUUGCUAGAGACGAGCUCCUUCUUCUGCACACUCUGAACAUGCUAAGCAUGGCCCAGGCCCUACUUUUGGGGAAGGAUCCCCCCUUUUUUUUCCUCCAAGGACACAUGGUGCUUCCUGCUGACUUGGAAAACUGAAUGCUUACACUUUCAAGGUGUCUCUUACUUUUUCUCUCAUCUCUGGGUGGCCCUCUGGUUUCUGGUUCUCCUGGGGCUUCUUGUUGCCAGGAACCAGACCCUGAGUGGGCUUUUCCUGUUGGAUCUUUUCUUGCGGCUCUUCUCCUGUCUCUCUUGAAUUUCCAUCUCUGCAAUUCUCAGCCAGCUGAGCCGUGCGCCCGUGUGUGCAGAGCGAACCUCCCAGGGAACUGAGACCCGAGCCGGCUGCUUUUAUUUCCUUUAGGCCUUUCUGUGAUGUGAUCCGGCUGAAUUUUUGCAGUUGGGGGGAAGAAUUCAAGUGGCGGUCGGUUUCUGAGCCUAUUGCUAGUGGUGACCAGUGUUGCUGCAGGCCUGCUUGCAGAGAACCUCUCUGUCCUGCAGGUGGCAGCGUGUCUGUCUGUCUGUCUGUCUGACUCUUCCUGGACCCUUGCGUGUGUGAGCGAGGCUGUAUCUGGAUGCCUUGCAGGUUCCAAAAGCAUCUGAAAACUGAUGGGGGGGGGCACCUCCAGGUUUCUCCUUUGCUUUCCUGUUGGAGCUGUGGCACUCAGCCAGCCCUCUCAUGCGUGCGGCCCUGCCCUGCUCUGCACUGAAGGGCCCUGCGGGGUGCCCUCAGUGAAAGGGCAGGAACCCCAGGGCGCCCAGAACUUUCAUGCAGAGCUAGCUGCUUGGGUCAUGGUGGGGGCUGCAUGUGGAGUAAUCUCUGCCGGCUACAUCUUGAUGUUAGAGGUCAAGGCAGUCACGGUGCACAGCCCUAGCUUAAAACUGGGGGGCCACUCAGAGAGGGGGAGUGGAGGAGGCACCUUUGACUCUGAGGAGGUGUGUAUGGCACAGGGCCAUGCUCCUGGUCUGCAGUCUGAGGUGGCCAGCUGUCUGCAUAGGUAUGUGCUCUGCCCAUUGUGGUUCUGGUAUUGCCACACCUUCCUUCUGUUCCGCAGGUCGCUCCCUGCGAAGGAUGGUGUGGGCAGACCCAGCCUUUCCCAUGUAACUUUUGGCUUGGGUCUCCAAGCCCCUGAGGCUCCGAUCAGCUGUAAGCGGCCUAGAAUGUCUGCUCCAGAUUGCUGCAGGCUUCAUCGCAGAAAGGUGAAAAUGGCUAAACCCCGAUCAGCAGCUCUGCUGGCUGGCAAAUAUGAACUGAGUCCCGUAGUGCAAAUGAGGUGUCCUGCUUCCCUAUGUCCAGCUUUGCUGAUUCCCUGUCUAAGGUAACUUUAUGAAAUGCACCUGUCUGACCCUAGGAAGCCCCUUUCUUCUGAACUAGACUCUGACCUGUGCUCCUGUGUCUGUCCCUUAAACUCCAGCCAUUAUGUAUUUAGAAGGAAGGCUCGGGCUGCAGAGAAUAGGCCUCUGGGGAAGAGGAAGUGUGUAUCUAGGGAGAAGAGAGGAAUCCCCCCAAGUUAGGUGUCCAUUUGGGCUUGGGUGCAAGUAGGUUAAUCACUAAUUGCCUGUUCAUCCUGUGCCCUUCUUGGGGGAGGGAGUCUAGUUUUAAUCUAGGUUAAGAAUCAUGAUAGUCUUGAAUGGUGGAUGAAUUUAUUAAAGGGGUGGCAGAGAGUCAGGGUGGAGCUGGAGGCAGGUGUCACAUGCACAAGCAUUUGACUCUGUAGACCUGGCACUGACCUGCAGUGCCCUCUGCUAGUGAGUCCAACAGGGUGUGCCAGGAUCAAUUGGUGGCUCGGAGCUUUAGAAUGACAGGGUUGUCUGUGAGCGUGUCCCUACGAACUGCUUUGCAAGUGUGUGGAAUUGAGCUGUCCAUGCUAUGUCCUACAACCGGCUCUCUCAUCCAGGCGGCUAGUCUUAGUGAAGGUGAUCACUGCACCUCAUUUGCUGCUUGCACAAGGGAACAGCGUAUUCCUCCCUCCGAGCUAUGCAGCUUCUCCAGCUGAGCCAGGGAGACACUCAGCCAUGAGCUCCAGUUUGACUCCGGCUUGUGGCCGGGCUCAUUUUAAGCUGUGCCCUUCCCCUGCCUGCUGGUGCACCUGCCUGGGGUGUCUGAGCUCUCUCUGGAUGUGGUUGAUGUCUCUUUACGUGUUGUCUUUCCAGUCGAUGCAACUGCAGGCUCCUCGCACUGCUGCGGUUUUGAGUGGAGUGGAAACAAUGCUGCUAGCUUUGGGGCAUAGCUGCAUGGGGCUCCUACGUGCAACUCUGGAUCAAGCAUCUCUAGAAGCUGUUGUUUGCCCUGAGCCGGGACUCCUAAAAGGAUCAUUCCCAUGGCACCUGGGCUUGUCAGCAGUAGGAACAAUAGAACCUUGAGGGCCCAGGCCUGGAUCGCUCUCCUGCAGCGCCAGCAUGUGUGUUGAGCUAGACCUUUCUGUGGAAGGAGAUGGGCAGCAGCUGUCCACUCUGCUGUAAUAACAUGGGCAGCGGGGUCUGGAACAGGACAAAGCAGGCUUUUCCCUCUAGGCUUAAACUGCUUGUUGCUGACAGCUGCAUGUGUGUCAGGGGGGUCGCUAUAGCACAGUGUGUAGAAGGCAAGUGGCUAGUGGAGGGUUAAUAUCUUUGUCCUGCAUAGAAUAUUAAAACAACCUGCUUAACUAGGUGAAUUGGUGGGACUAAAAUCCUUUGUGCAGAGGAGGGCCAUGGUAGUUCUAAGCGUGGCCAGUUGUCUACCUCCUCAGUUUGAUAGCCACUGAGGCAGUGUAGUUUACCACCAUGGAGGUACCAGAACAUUGUGGACGGGCCUGUCGUGAACAGCUUGCUUUCUGAAGAUGCACGACUCAAGGCCUAAGAGAAAACAACCCAAAGGAGCCCAGGCUGGACCCUGUACUGCAGGGGCUGGUGGAAAUCCCCAAGAAGCACAGCUGUGUUUGAGUUUGGCUUGCAGCCUCUGAGAGAGUGAUCCAGUUGGAUCUUGUUUUUUUCUUCUUACUCAUAGGCUCUCUAUCAUUCACCCCCCCCCCUUUUUUUUAUUUUUAAGGUAAGCCUGCUUCACUUGAAACCCUGCAUUCUGUCAUGAUACUGGUCAUGAGGAGGGUUUUAAUUUGUAAUAUAAAAAACCUGCACCUGUGACUUCCCAUUUGUGGCCCUCAACCUAACUGUCAGGAGGGUGGGAAAUGACACAGGUGGUGAUCACAUGUGGGAAGGUGGGGUAAGUACUGUACUGUGGUCUUGAAAUUUUUAUUUUUGCAUAUGUAAUCCAUCCUGUACAGGUAGUUCCAACUUUGUAAAAUCUGUGUAUUCCCAUUAGUGGAUUAUGGCUGCCCCUGUAAAUAAAAUGCAACUUGACUUGGUA